ACCUAUUCUUUCGUAGAAUUGGAGAAACUAGCUCCGGCUGUCUACAAUAUAGAUCAAGAAAAAGAAGUCAACAAUUUUCAUGUGAUAAUGGACCAAUAAAACCGAAUUUGAUAAAACAAACAACCCAUCCUCUAUGCUGCUCCGAGCCAUGUAAACCAAUAAGUUGGUCGACACACAUCACUUACAACUACAGCAGUGAUACCAAGAUGAUUGGUGCCACCAUGUAUGAAACGGUGCCUGAGGUACGAGUCAGGAGUUCUGCAAAUCCAGAGGAAGAUCCUUCAUCUCAGCACAAAACGAAUAGAUGUCUUAUCGAUAUCAAAAAUGGAAAAGACUACAUGUUGAGGAGUACGACAACAUACGCUGAGCCCGAACAAGAACACUCAGUGGCACCGGUGAAACCUCCAAGGAAAAAGAAGUACCGUCAGAUUCCUAGACAUCAUUCCUACGACUCCUCUUAUAUUAAGAUGAAAAAUGGAAAUGGAGACACGAGCUGCGUGGACAUCGACCACAUCACAUUCGAGCCGAACUACAAGAAGAAAUUGGUGGAGACGUCGGUGCAAACUUCUCCACUCAUACCCUACAGGUUGAGGUUCUGGCCGAGGAGUUCCUGUGACAUGCAAUAUGAUCCAAAGAAGGAGAGUUGUACAGUGGUUGGUCUUCAAUGUGGUUGCAAGGUCAUAACACAGUGGGUCCUGAGCCAAAUGGGGCUUACCCUGGUGGUAUUUGGUUGGGCUCUGCUUGGUGCUUACGCAUUUUACAAGACAGAAGGUCCCAGGGAGUUCGCGCAACAAGAACAAAUGGAGGAAACCAAAAAAGUACUCUCAAUUGAAUUGGCCACGUCUCUUAGACAAACAGAGGGGCACAAUGAGAGCUGGCCGAAGGUUAUUGAACGUUAUAUGCAGCAACACGAAGACGUACUACUGAAAGCAGUUGCUGCAGGAUUCGGUGAGGGUGGAGAGGGAAACAUCUGGACCUAUCCGGGGUGUAUACUCUUCGCAGUGUCUCUGUUGACAACUUUGGGUUUCGGAGCGCCAGUACCAAGAACGACCUUCGGAAGAGGAACGGCGGUCAUAUUUUCAGCAAUUGGUAUUCCACUACACUUUCUUCUCAUAUUCAACAUGGGAAACCUAGGGGCGAUCCGCCUGCAGCAACUGGCUUACAGGAUGUCCUGCACAGACAUACCGACGGGCACCCCGCCACCAAAGUGGCUGAAGUGGUUUCCAGUAGGAGCCAUACUGAUCUACUACGUCACGGGAGUGAUGCUCUUCGGUUACCUUAGAAAAAGGGAAGCAUUCGACAGCUUCCUGUUUCCCCUAGAUUUCACAGCGGCGGGUGGAGUCGCUACAGUGCCGGGCUACGUCAAGAUCUGCUACGCCGUAUACCUCGAAGUGGCCGUUACGUUGGCUGCAUUGGUAGUGUCUCUACUGCAAGCUUCGGCGACCAGCAGCUUGGUAGAUGUCGGAUUGAAACUAGGCCUUUUAACGAACACAUGAGCUUCACUGGUCGACUAGGUGAUAUUUCACAUUUCCAAGAGUUUUUGCUUCGGCGCAAUAUUUCGAAAUAGGCUUGUUAUUGGCCUGUGAGGAAAUUCAGCAAUAACUGCUUCAAUCCCGAUUGGAUCCAUUUCCGGAUUAGUUUUAAGAUUUUUUGUAUGUACCUAUACAUUUAGAUGGAUAUUAUUUAUAUAUGUACUUAUUCGAUUACAUAAAAAUGAUCGUAUUUAUUGUUAUUAUGAUGCCGAAGGAAUUGUGCAAACCGGUUGUUGAUGUACAAAAAUUUCAUAUCAGAGCUGCAGAUAAUCAGUUCGUAGAUUGUUGAAAAACUUUAUAGUAUUUUAAUGAAUUUGAAGUAUGAAAUCGAUUAAAAGCGUUGAAAGGAA